GGCCUGGAGCUAUCUCCACCUUCAGCUCCAGAGUCCUGGUUUCUGUCUGAGAACAAAUGGCAGAGAAUGCCUACCAGUACCAAGAACAAAAGGCAGGAAUGACCUCCAGGCAGCAGAAAAGCACAUCCAUAGAAGAGACAAUGAGACCACAGGAAAGACAGGUAUCAAUAACUGAAACCCUGUGGGAUCAGGUGCUGACAGCUUUUAAGGACAUACAAAAGGAGCUGCAGGAAGAUGCUCGGAUUCGAGGGAUGAGCAAAUGCUCCAUGACACCCACGUCAUCUGCACCCAGGAAUGGAGACAUCAGGACUCCAGAUUCCUGGAGGACUCCAAAUUUGAGAAGAUCACACUUCAGCAAUGGAGAGCAGCCGUCAGGAGCCCGUGCCCACAACCUUAGAACACAUCUCUCUGGUCAAUCGCCGUGCUCUUCUGGACCCUAACUCUACAUUCAAAGAGGAAAACCUCCUCUGCUUCUACCAG